AUGAGGAUCAAGUUCCGAGGCCGCGUGACCCAUAAGUACUGGAGUCGGCGGAGGAGGCUGCUAGUGUACGCCAUCCCUCAACGACAGCUGGGUACGGAGCCUCCUGUGUUGAGUGUUGUUUGCGUGUACAGGGCAGCGGAGCCUACAGCUGAGCCAGAUGUAGAGUCGUCUGUGAAGAUUUUCUCUGUGUUGGGAUCUUUGGUUGAAGCCGAGGCGAACUUUGCCUCCGGAAUACAGGCAACAAGUGGGCAGUGUGGCCUGUCCCUCACUGUCACGAUGAUCUCCGAGUACCUAAUAGCUCUCGUGGUCCUAGCUGCGAUAUUCCUGAUUGGGUCAAGGUUCAAAAAUCGAAAACCUACCACGGUUCCGGGCCCGUCCUUGCUGCAAGGUCUGUGGGACUUUCUGCAGAGCAUGAAGCAGGAUUCUCUCCAUCUGACGGCAGCAAAGUGGGCCGACCAGUACGGCGAUAUCGUAUCGUUAAACACGCUGUUUCGUCAGGUAAUUUUCGUCAAUAGUGCUGCGCUCACUCGUAAACUUGUGUGCGAUCCAAGCACAAGAGAAUUCUCCAACGACAGACCGCCCACUUUCAUGGGAACAGUUUUCUUCUAUGGCGCCCAAGACAUUUUGCUUGGCCGUUAUGGCAAAGACUUGCUCAAGAGAAGGAAAAUCUUUCAUCACUUACUUAAGUUUUAUGGCGAAGGUGUCCAUAACUUUGAAGCACUGAUGAAAACAACGUCCAAGGAUCUGUGUCAGCGCCUAACUAAAUACGAAGGAGACGUAUCUUUAUCGGAGGAGCUUGCCCAUUACAUUCGGUGGGUGGUCGGACUUCUACUCAAAGGACCAGAGACGUGUGAAGAAGAUUUAGAUGCCUUGAUUGGGUUUAUCGAUAGAGCAACUGAAUGUUUUAUAUUUGAAAAGGAAAUAGUCUUAGAAACAGUUCCUUUUGCGCCUCACAUCCCUGGACUGGGCCUGAGGAAGCUUGUGGGUGAUCUAAAAGUCGCCCAAGAAGUGAUGAAACAGAGGUUUUUUCUGGCUAUUCGAGAAACCUACCACAAAGGGGAAAGAACUGGUAUAGUUACUGACAUGUUAGACCAACAGGCAGAGCUAAAGGAGAAAGGAAACGCCUCCGAAAUGCCUGAUGAUUUAAUUCUUGGUUUAAUCCAAGACAUCGCUUCAGCUGCCUAUGCAACAACAGUAGGGACAUUGAAUUCCUUAUUUUUGCAGCUUUUGGUGGACCAAAAGCUUCAGGAGCGCAUACAUGCAGAGAUCUGUGAAGUAAUAGGAGAUGAAAGCCCCAGCUUUGAGCAGAGACGGCACAUGCCAUUCACAGAAGCAACUAUCCUGGAGACCUUGAGAUAUUCCUCAACAGCGCCUCAGCUGCUACCUCACUACGCAUGUGGGGACAUUCAUUUUGAGGGACAUUUCAUCCCUAAAGGUACCUUUCUUAUCCUGAACGCCUGGUAUUUCCACCAUAGAGAGGACUUGUGGGAAGACCCCUGGGAGUUCAAACCAGAGAGGUUCCUGGACUCAGAUGGUCAACUCCUCGACCCAGAACAUCCCACACGACAGAACCUUCUACCUUUUGGGACUGGGAAAAGAUCUUGUCCUGGUGAAAGUUUCUCGAGGAUUCGUAUCUUUUUCAUCGUGGUCACUUUGCUUCAGAAGUAUCGUUUUCUGCCCCCCGUUGAUGUACCGCUCCCGUCUACCAACCCAAAGGACUGGAAAACAAAGACAGUAAUUUGUCCUGACGAGUUCAAGUGCCGAAUGGAGCCCAGACUCACAGCAAAGGCCUAA